CCCAAAAAUGGGCAUGGCAUUGUUAAAUCACAAAGAGAAACUCACCCUAAACUUAGAGAAAAAGGAGAAGAAAUCCAAUCUAAACUCCUUCUACUUCUUCCUUGUAUUCAUAAUCAUGUACCUUUCCACAUUCUACAUCUUCAAUCUCUCCCCUUCAACUCUCAUCCGCACCACCAAAUUCUGGUUCAUCAUGUCCAACACCAUCAUCCUCAUCAUCGCUGCUGAUUCCGGCGCCUUCUCCCCCUCCAAAACCCUCGAAGAUCACACCAAAAACAACCUCCCACCAACCCCUCUCCCCUAUAAUUUCCCCACCAAAUAUGUCCCAAAAACAACACCAAAUCAUCAUCAUCAGACACCUCCAGAAAAGAUAAUAGAGGUGGUGGUUGUUGCUGCUGCUUCAGAUGACGAUCACAUUGUCUUCACACAAGAAACCCUCGAAAUCGAAAAAGAUGAUGAUGAGAAAGAAAGUGAGAUUGAGAGGGUGGAAGAGGAGGAGGCGGUGGAGACGUUGUCUGAAGCUGAAAGGGAAGAAGACGAGUACUCGAGAAUGUCGGAUGAAGAAGUGAAUGAAAGAGUGGAGGAGUUUAUUCGAAGGUUUAACCGACAGAUUAGGCUUCAAGCUGUCAGAAACCGACGACCCUUGGCCUGAUUUUUGUUUUUGUUUUUUGUUUUUUGCUGUCUCAU